UCUGCUCUUGUAGUAAGUCCAGUCAGUGGUAAGAACUGUCUCAGUUUCAACUUGAAUAAUUAUCUACAGAAGCUAUGAAACAGAAACUUUUAUAAGGAUGUUAAAACUAAAGCAAUGCCUUCAGAUCAUUUGUUCAAGAUAUUAGUUAUUGGUCGGUCAAAAGUGGGUAAAACAUCUUUUGUACAACAUUAUGUUAAUGGCGUUUUCAGUGAAGGGUACAAAACCACCAUUGGCGUGGACUUUGCUAUGAAAACAAUUGAAUGGUCCAGUGAACAAACCAUGAGGCUGCAGUUUUGGGAUAUAGAAGUCUCCUCUCAUCUUUCAGGACAAGAGGAUACCUUGCCGUUUACAAGAGCCUUUUAUAAAGAUGCACAUGCUUGUAUCAUAAUGUUUGAUUUGACCAGUCAGAAAUCCUUUCAAUAUAGCACCUUACUGAAGAAAACUGUGGAUGAUGUGAUACUGAGUGGAAAUGGACUUCCAAUACCUUGCAUUCUUCUGGGAAAUAAGAGUGACCUCACAGAACAUGCUGUGUCAAGUCAAGAGAUAGAGGACACUUCCAGGUUACUUCAAUUUAUUGCAUGGAAGGAGAUAUCAGUUAAGGAAAACAUACACAUUGAAGAAACAGUCAGAUGUAUUGUGGAAGCUCUCAUGGAAAAACAACAACCAGAUGAAAUUCUUGAACGUGCAAGGCCGAAAGAUGAAAUUCUGGAGAACCAGUUAGAAACCAAACUCAACCGAAACACACAGCAAAGUUCCUGUUGUGGUGCUGGUGUAAAAAGAAAUGCCUUUUAAAUAUUACCAACUACUCACAAUAAAAUCUCUGCUGUGCCAUGGUUCUGAGAUUA